AUGCAACUACGUGUUGCCCUGAACAUUCCAUUCAAAGAUAUCGAGUCAGAUGAUGUUGAGUCGAGUGAAAUCCCUACUCUGAUUAGGUUUUUUAACGAGGGUAAUCGAUCUGAGAUUUGCCAGCCCAAUGCUUUUGUGUAUUCAUCCGGUGCCUUUUUGACUACAUCGUCUGAAGAUGAUGAUUUCCACAUUAUUCUGCACGCUCAUAACUUAGACCGCCAUCCGGGUAAUCAAGAGGAUCCAGAUUCAUACUUCAUGCACUGCCCCGGCGCUGCCCAGCCUAUCGUGACGUUUCUCGGCAUCGUUCUUGAACGAAGAGGACAAUUGAAUGACGGACAGAACUUACUUCACUAUCGACUUCAAACAACUGUUUACAAUCCAUCGACCCGUACCCCUCAUACCUUUCCAAUAACGGCUUUCUUUAAGAACGGGCAACGUUGGGCAAACUUUCCACCGCUCAAUUUGGAUACUCAUGUGUUUUUGACCGGUCGUAUCUUCGGCCUCACAAAAGAGGACCGCCAGUUAGCUGUCGUAACAGACGACAUACAUUUUCUCCCAACAUCAACAAGCAGCCUUCCACCAACCCCUUCUUCUACAAUUGGGAAGAGGAAACGCGUUGAUCGCUGGUCCCAAAGGGCUGGUCCGACUACACCGUCCAAAUCCACGUCUCAGUUUUAUGACCCCCAACUUGCAGAGAACGUUAGGGCCACCAGUACUGCCGACGAGGAUGAAGAUGAGGAAAGCACUCAGGUUACAUGGGCUGACAAUCUGGAUGGAACUGAAAGUGCUCGACAGACAAGUACACCGACUCCCGAGAGGCGUUCGCAGAGACCAAGAAAAACUUCAUACACCGAUAUACUUGCACUGUCAAAAUAA